UUCACAUCUGUACACUGUUCUUUUUCUAAAACAAGGGUUAAUGCUUUAGAAAAUAGAGGGAAAUUGAAAAUUAAGAAACAUUAAAUUUGAGUGUUUUCACUUUUAUCAUUCCACUGGACAUAAAAUGUUGCUCUGCACAUGUACAUCUGUACUGCACAGUUCUCAUGGUCAUUCUGUUGUUUGAUUUUCAGACCAGACGAGUCACAGCAAUACCCAGGUCUGAGAACGCUCCUGAGAACAGAGCUGCAGCAGUAGGGACCACACGGGCCCGUCCCAGCCAGCACAGCCAAGCUGCAGAGCCCCCCCCACCAGCUAUCACUGCCCAGCCUGCAGCCAAAGAGUCUCUGCUCCAGCAACAGAAUGCUCGGAGAAAGUCCAACUGUGUAAAAGAGGUGGAGAAGCUGCAGGAGAAGAGAGAGAAGAGACGUCUACAGCAGCAAGAGCUGCGAGAAAAAAGAGCACAGGAAGUGGAUGUGAAUUUACCAAACUAUGAAAUCAUGUGUAUGAUCAGAGACUUCAGAGGCAGCCUGGACUACAGACCCUUAACCAGCAAUGAUCUGAUUGAGGAGCACAGGAUAUGUGUGUGCGUGCGUGCACGUCCCCUCAAUAAGAAAGAGUUAUCAACGAAGGAACUGGACGUCAUCACCAUCCCAAGUAAAGACGUGGUCAUGGUGCACGAGCCCAAGCAGAAAGUGGACCUCACUCGCUACUUGGAAAACCAAACGUUCCGAUUUGACUAUGCCUUUGAUGAGAACUCCACCAAUGAGAUGGUGUACAGAUUUACUGCCCAGCCACUGGUUGAGACCAUUUUUGAGAGAGGGAUGGCGACCUGCUUUGCAUACGGACAAACCGGCAGCGGUAAAACACACACAAUGGGAGGAGACUUUUCAGGAAAGAACCAGGACUGUUCCAAAGGCAUCUACGCUCUCUCAGCCAGAGAUGUUUUUCUCAUGUUGAAAAAGCCAAAUUACAAGAAGUUGGAUCUGCAGGUCUUUGCCACAUUUUUUGAGAUUUAUAGCGGGAAGGUGUUUGAUCUACUUAACCGCAAAGCCAAGUUACGGGUCCUGGAGGACGGGAAGCAGCAGGUUCAGGUGGUGGGCCUGCAGGAGAGGGAGGUGAAGUGCACGGAGGACGUCCUCAAACUCAUCGAAAUGGGAAACAGCUGCAGGACUUCUGGACAAACCUCCGCCAAUGCUCACUCAUCACGGAGCCACGCCGUGUUUCAGAUCAUUCUCCGUCGACGGGGGAAGAUGCAUGGAAAGUUCUCCCUCAUCGACCUGGCUGGUAACGAGAGAGGGGCCGACACGUCUAGUGCUGACCGCAAGACUCGCUUAGAAGGAGCCGAGAUCAACAAGAGUCUCCUGGCGCUCAAGGAGUGUAUCCGAGCCCUGGGUCGGAACAAACCUCACACUCCUUUCAGAGCCAGCAAGUUAACUCAAGUGCUGAGGGACUCCUUCAUCGGAGAGAACUCCAGGACAUGCAUGAUUGCCACCAUCUCUCCUGGAAUGGCCUCUUGUGAAAACACUCUGAAUACACUGAGAUACGCUAACAGAGUGAAGGAGUUCGGCAUUAGUCCCUCUGACAUUCCCUUCUCACAGAGCGGCGGUGGAGGAGGACGCUCCGAGACCUCGCCCACAUACGAGGUGAAGGAGCUCACCAUAGAUCCGGCUGCAGUCAUGGAGUGUCAUCAGGGACUGGCCAAUCAGCUGGAGGUGCUGGAGGCCCAGUGGGGGGUCGGCAGUUCUCCGCAGAGAGACGACCUGAAGCUGCUCUGUGAACAGAACGAGGAAGAGGUGUCCCCACAGCUCUUCACUUUCCAUGAAGCUGUAUCUCAGCUGGUGGAGAUGGAGGAGCAGGUCCUGGAGGACCACAGGGCAGUGUUCCAGGAGUCCAUCCGUUGGCUGGAAGAUGAGAAGGUGCUCCUGGAAAUGACAGAGGAGGUGGACUACGACGUGGAGUCGUAUGCAACUCAACUAGAACAAAUCCUGGACCAGAAGAUAGACAUUCUCAUUGAGCUGAGAGAUAAAGUCAAAUCCUUCCGCUGCACACUGCAGGAAGAGGAGCAGGCUAGCAAACAAAUAACUCCCAAGAGGCCUCGUGCUCUAUAGACGCCCACUGACAAGAACAGACAAGUCCUGAGACAUGUGAAGGCCUCGUCUCUGAAGAGCCCAGCAGUAAAUUGUGUGAGUCUCUCUCUCUCUCCCCCCGUCCUCCCUCUCGGUCCGAGUGUCCAUCUCCACCUCUGUCCAGUACUGGCUUCACCACAUCCCUGUCCAUCAGAAAAACCAAAGAGCAGACUGUUCUUGCUCUCUGUGUGCCUGUACAGUGUGUCUACCAUUGUUCUCCCAUGUAUGAUGAAGCACAAGUGCUUUGUUUAGGUUGAUAAAAUAAGUAAAACAUUUUGUUUUUGUUUUUAAAGAAUUUUAUAAAGUCAAUCAGCAUGGCCAGUUUUAUAAAGAGCUCUUGCCCUCUUGUGCAAUAUCUGGAGGAUGUUCCUCCUGUCGUUCCCCAGUGUUUCAGCUCAGGAGCGACCAGGACUUGUAUGUUCGUCUACGGAUAAAGGAGCUGUAGUGUUCAAGUUUGAUUGACAGCCCUGAAAACACAAAAUAAAUCAACGCAUUUCAUUAUUUGACAUAUUAAUGUUCACAGACAACAUUUGCCAUAAUAAAAAAAAUCUCUUGUUGCCA